AUGGUAGAUAAUAGACAAAGCUACAUAGAAGCCCUUGGAAACUUGAAAUUAUAUCCAUUUUCAGACAGAGAAACACUAUCUGUAUUGGAAUCUUUGGAAUCUACGUGUAAUAUUGUCAACAAAAAGGACUCGCACUUCUUUUCCGGCAUUUUAGAUAAGUUAGAGAACAAAUCGGAGAAUAAAUACAGAAACUGCCUUGAAUCACUACUAUCUUCGAAUUUUAUAGCGCAAAGAGAGGCUGGAACGAACGAUCUAGAGUCCGUUCUUCAAAGUAGGAUACACAGAGGUACUGGUAUAGCGCAGAUAACUGGGCCAAGUGGCUCUGGAAAGACGUUCAUUUGUAUGCUUCUAGCAAACAAACUACAAGGUAAUGUCAUAUAUCUGGAUACACAUGGCUCAUUUGAUCCAAAAAAGGUUUUAACAUUUGACUCCAAAACCUCCUCGUUUAUCCCAUUGCGCUUGUACAACUGUGAAGAGAUCUUAGUAUUCCUGGAAGAAUUUGAAACUCGCCUAUCUAGGGAUGAUGUAUUGUCAAGAAACUGCGGUAUUCGUGCACAGUCGGUUGAUAUGCUCAUUAUUGACUCACUAUGGUGUAUAGACCAAAUCCCAAAGUUUCACCUUCGCCACCGAUUCCUUGUUGACAUCUCAGUAAUAUUACGGAGAAUAUCUUGGACCUUUAAUAUAUCGGUUGUCGUUUGUUCCAAUGAAUACAAAGCCCACAAAAAUAAAAGGAUAAACAAGAUAUUUAACAAGUGGAAUGCGAAUUGCUACGUUCAUAUUCAUCUAAAACAAAAGCUUUUAAACUACCAAACGACAAUUCAAGAUACUUUAGAAAAUAAAAUAAGUUCGCAUGUAUAUAGAGUUAUGUCUAUUAACCCAGAAAGUUUGAUUUACAGCAAAGGGAUUAGGUUUUCUAUAAACAGACAAGAGGAUUUAUCGCAAACACAAAACUACAGCCAAGAUGGACCUAUCUACCCAGGACUACAGUUUUAA